CGGGAGCCGCCGUCCGGCUCCCCGGCCCCCCAAACAAAGGAUCCGCCGGGUCCUAGUGCCCGCCUGCUCCUCCGCCGCCGCGCCCCCGGGUCCUAGCGCCGCCCUGCCCGGCCCGCAGCCCACCCUGCUCCGCCGGCCCGACCUCCGCCGCCCGUCCCCGCCCGCUCUCUCUCCCGUAGCCUCCGCCCGCCCUCCUCGUCUGCCGCCCGGCCCCCGCUUCCGCCCCUCCCGUGCCCGCCCCCCGCUUCUCCCCUUCGCUUCAGCCCUCUUCCACGUGUUUCCCACGCACCCCGCUUCCCUGCUCCCCGUGGCCCCCAGUGCUCGCUCGCGCCUCCUCCUCCUCCUUGGCGUUCGCAGCCCCCUGCCAGCCACCCCCCGAGUCUGCUGCCGCCGACCUCCCCUUCCCCGGACCCCCGACCCUCGCUUGGCCCCUGCGCCGCUCCGGGAGUGAGUGGGACGGCGUUGACUUCCCGUGAUCUUUGUCUCGGAGCCCCCAGGAGGCACCUGGCCUUGCCGGCCUUUCGGGGUGACAGCGGGCACCGCACCCCAGAAGAAGUUUGCGAGUGAGAGGUGGAGGACGAGACCGCAUGGAGCAGUCUCUGAUGACACUUGUUCUCUUGAGACGUCUCCCCCGCUCCAUCCCCUUCCAUUAUCCCUCCUGCUUGCACUUGACGGACUUAAAGCCAGAGCUGCCCCUUGUCUCGGGAAUGCACACCCCCUCUCAAACCCUGCACCCCCAUUUCUGGGGCUGAGCUGGAGGAGAGCAACAAGAAUGGGAAGAAGAAGUUGGAUGCCAUGACCCUCAUAAAAGAAGACAUGUCCAUCUUUGGGCACUGCCCUGCCCACGAUGAGUUCUACCUGGUCGUGUGUAACCACUGCAGCCAAGUGGUGAAGCCUCAAGCUUUCCAGAAGCACUGCGAGAGAAGACAUGGGCCUCUCAGCAAGCUAUAUGCCCGGGCUCAGGCCUCUGCCACCUCUCAGAAAUGCCAUGCAGUAAAUGGGCAGGGCCCAGCUUGUGGGAGCCAAGGCCCCACCAAAGCCUCCUCAAAGGAGAAGGUGCAAGGGGGCCGAGGCCGGGCUAAUCACCCACCUGAGAAGGCACAAAAGGAUAACCUCUGCCUCUUUGUGCCUGUGGUGAAUUUGGAGAAGAUUUCCAGUCUCCCUAAACCCGAUGGACAAGGGAUCAGGGUGAACCCUAAGCCUCUGCCUCCCCAUUCCACUUUCCUCGGCCCACCCACUGGUCUUACCAAGGAUGCCCCUGGAAAAGCCCCCACAGUUCCCUCUUCCAAAGAGCUUCCCAGCAAAGGGAACAACGACCCGGUCCUCAUCGAAGGGCCUAGCCCUCAGGCCGAGGGGGGUAGCCCCCCAGAGAAGGAGCCCAGUGUUGCCAGGCUUCAGCCCAAGGCCCACAAGAAGAUGGCGAGGAAGGAGUGUGAUCUGAACAGGCAGUGUGGGGUAGUGAACCCAGAGACCAAAAAGAUCUGUACCCGCCUGCUGACUUGCAAGAUUCACUCAGUGCAUCAGCGCCGGGAGGUCCAGGGCCGGGCCAAGGACUUUGAUGUGCUGGUGGCAGAGCUGAAGGCCAAUUCCCGAAAAGGGGAGUCUCCCAAAGAGAAGAGUCCUGGACGCAAGGACCUGGGCCCCGAGCGCCUCUCCCAGGAGCUGCCCUCCUCAGCGCAGGCAGUGGCAGCUCUGCCUGGCACCACUUUCCCAGCCAGGGCCAAACAGACCUAUCCCUACUGUGCGCUGCCUCGGUCACGGGUCUCCUCUGAGAGUGAGCUAGAUGAUGAAGGCCCUUGUGCUGGUGACAGAGACCCAGGCUUGUUCCCUUUCCCUCUGCCUCGGGCCGGGGCCCAGGCUUCCAGCGAGGAAAGCGAGGAAGAUGGAGCCCCAGAUGACCUCCACCAUGUCCCAGACUGUCAUUAUGCAACACGGCCCCCUCGGCCCCAGGCGUUCUGCACCUUUGGUAGUCGGCUGGUAAGCCCGGGGUGUUACGUGUUUAGUAGGCGGCUGGACCGGUUCUGCUCAGCGCUCAGCUCCAUGCUGGAGCGACAUCUCAGCUCCCAUAUGUGGAAGAAGAUCCCACCGGCAGCUGAACCCCCAUCUCACCUCCUCGUCUCUCCCCCACACGUCCCCCUGAGCCCUUCCUCGGCAGGCACCUGCCCCCGUCUUUCUGGCCCCAGCCAUAGGCCCCCCUUCCCGCCCUCUGCACCCAUCACCAAGGACAGCCCAGCCCCCAGCUACCCUGCAGGUUCUCCCAGUGUGGGGGCCGCCUGCAGCCAGGCAGAGUGCAUGGGUGGGAGUCAGGCCAUCACCUCACCGCUGCCUGCCAACACCCCUUCACCCUCCUUCAGUAAGCUGCCUCCUUCCAAGGCCAGCAAGCUGUCCAAGGGCAAGGAUGGGGCUGAUGUGGAGGUCCCAUCCCGCAAGAGGAAGUUGUCCCCCGGGCCUGCGGCCUUCAAACGGACCUGUAUCCUGGAUCCUCCUGGGAAGGGCAAGCCCGCAGGCUGCCGAGCCCUCCCCACCAAGACUAAGCCAGCCCUGGGCAUAGGGCUCAAUGGGGCAGUAGGACCCCGGGUGAAACGGGCAGGGCCCCUGGACUGUCGGGGCUCCCCACAUACACCCCCAGCGCCUGUCAAGGCCUCCCAGCUGGAGAACCGGGGGGCAGCUGGCCAUCCAGCCAAAGCUCUCCAGCCUAACUGCCUCUCCGAGGAAGAGGCCAAGAAGAGGAAAAACCUGGCCACGUACUGCCGGCCAGUGAAGGCAAAGCACUGCCCCGCAGGGCCCCCGGCGGCCGACUCGGCCUGUUCUGUGCGCAGGAAGAAGCCCAGCCCGGCCCUGGGCUUUGAGGAGAAGUGCACCACGCUGAAGGUACCAUGCCUAGGGAAGGCAGGGGAGCUGGAAGUAGGGGUCAGGGGAUGGGGAAUGACUAGAUUGAGCCCCUCCUUCCCAUUUCCUAUUGGACAAAUAGGGGACGCCCAGGAAUGGGGAGUGCUGAGCACAUCUAGGGAAGAGGGGGCAGAUGGAAAUGGAAGAGGAGAGUGGUAGGAAAGGGAAGGAUUAGAAGGAAAGACAAAAUGGACUCCUUGGGACUGUUUUACAGAUGCCAGGGUGGGAGAGAUUAGGCCAAGAUGUAUUCCUGACUUGGUAGAUCCACUCUGCCCCAGAAGCUAGCAAGGGAGAUGCUGCUUUUCACAUCCUCCCUAAUUAAGGGGGCCUCAUCUCCUGGAUUUGGUGCUGGCCCUCCUUGCAGUAACUGGGAAUUACCUCCAUUUCUUUUGGAAAGAAGGCUGGGAUCUAGGAACUCAAGUCCUCCUAGAAGAGAAGAUGGAGGAAUGGUGGAAAGAAGCAUGAUAUUCAGGAGGCAGUUCAGGAAGGGCUAUUUGUUAGUAGAUUUGCCUCUGGGGAGAAUGGCCUGACUUAGCCCAAGGUCGUCAGACUGCCCCUGAAUUUGGAGUUGAUGCUUACAUGACACUACGUGUGUGUCUAUUAUUUAACAGUCUAUGUAUAUAAUAGCCCCAUUCUGGCUUCUAAUACCAGGACUAGGAUUAUUUUUUUGGAGUAGUGGGGGUCUCUAGGGAUUUCUGUUGCCUAUAUACUGGUCUUCCAGCUCCCUACCUUCCCAUUGUGGGCCAGGGUAGUUUCAACUUUGCAGAAAGUUUUUUUUGAAACCUGAACAUUCUAGUUAUGAUUUCCCAUGUGCCCUAGAGCCAAGAGGAAGGGAAAGGGUUGACUCUUCAAUUCUCCCUCCCUGCCCUGCCUUCUUGGUGAUAGCAGUGGGAGGGAGGACCCAGGAGCCCUCACUGAGGAACUUUACUUCCUCAUCACUAUCCCCGAGGAAAUCCGCAGCUCUGACACCGUAAGGUUUCCUUAGAAUUCACUGGAGGCAGCCUUUGGACCUCUGCAUUCAUGUUCCCCUGCUGCUGCCACCACCACCACAGGUGCUGCGAAUCAGACUCCUUCCCUGGCCCAGGGCUGGAGGCCCACUGGCUGCAGAUGGCUCACAAGGAGGACACGCUCUUCCCAGGCCAGUGCUUCCCCCCACACGGGUCUUUCUUGCCUCUUGUCUUCCUGCAGUCAAAAGCGCAUUAAUGAGAAAGUGCCUGCCCAUCGCAACGGAGCUGCCAGCGCCUCCUCCCUCUCCAGGAUCCAGGCCCCAGGCUGCUGCUGCUGCCGCUUUUUAUAACUUUAUAUUAUUUUUUUUAAGAAAAAAAAAACUCUAUAAAAAUACCUCAAGACUGUC